AUGGCACCACUGCGGCGUUCAAAUGGUGCUAGCAAGCACAACGAUCUUAUCCUCAAGCCCAAGGACGCUAUCAAGAAGAAGCCCGUGGAUUGGGUAAAAGACGACGAUGGCGAACUGCAACCAAUCUUCGCACCGGAGCCUCUGUUCACACCCGGAGAACUGGAACCCUACAGAUCAAAUCGGGCACUGUUCGAUCACAAAAAAAGCCUGCGCAAGCUCGUGCUUUACGGCGAGAAUGAAUUCCGCUUCGCCGGCAGGUACCAACACAUUCAGCUGCUCAAGUUCCUCACCCAUAUCGGUCCACGCCAUCGUACGUGGUUACGAAACUUGACCACGAGCUCGCCGUUCGUCAGCAGUGGAGACCGGAUAAUCGAGCAUAACGUUGUACUCGAAAUCGACUCAACACUAAUAGACUCCGAUGAUUCGUACAGCUGGUUUAUCGACUAUCCGCAGUCCCCUCCGCUUUUUGAAGCUCAACCACGGGGCAUGACCUGGUCCGACUUGUGCAAACCGCUUUUCGACCUCCUCGAAUCGCUUCCUCAACUCCGCGUCUUGACUAUCGUGCUCCCAGAUGACUGGGAAUACUGCAACGAUGCCGGAAACAGCGAACCCUGGCCCCAUACAAUGGAUUCUAGGGGGCGAGAAGAAAUUUGGCAUUCUCUGUCUGGCCUUCUGCGUGUCAAGCCUUUCGUCCAAGUUCGGGCUCUGCGGCCCGUGGUGGAGGCCCUUGUGAACGACCCUGAUCUCGUGGACGCGCAGCAGAAUCAUAAGCGACAUUUGGCGAAUCUGAAGCGUAGACUGGGGAUUUGGGAUCAUCGUGUUGCUUUCUACGAUCGGAAUUGUGAGUGGAGGAUGCCGGACCAGGUGGAAGAAGAUGCUGAUGAGUAUCUUCGCGAUUUGCGAUGUCUUUUCGCUGAACGGACUGUUUAG